GGACCACCCCGGUCUCAGGUCCACCGUCCUCGGGCCACGACUCCUUUCUUUGCGGUCCUGGAAAGCCAAUCCUUCCUUCCCUCUUCUGACGCUUUUCUUCGCCAUCCCAGUCUCUCCUUCUCUUCUUCUCCUUUCCUCUCUUUUCUUGUUGUGUCAAGACGUGCCUACUCAAUCUGUGCACAUCCUUUCGCUGAAGGAACCAUCAUCAAACAGCUUCUCUUUCGUUGAGGCUCUAUCUUUCUUCCACUCGUUUAUUAUAUCUUUGGAUCCCACCCCCUCUUUCAACUCUUCGCGGCUUUGCGCUACUGUUAACAUCGCCCCGUCAUACUCAAGCACAAGCUUAUUGAAGAAAUCAAAUAACAAUGUUCAUCAAAUACGCUCUUCCCGCCCUGGCUGCGACCCAGGCCGUCUUUGCUGCUAGUGAUAAAUGCGGCAAGGGUGACACCAUCAAGAUCGAGAACCAGAGCGAUGCCGACGGCUACUCGAGCUGCAGCACCCUCGAGGGUGAUGUUGAGAUCUCCGGUACCUACUCCGGCGAUCUUCAACUCAAUGGAAUUAAGCAGAUCUCCGGUGCGCUGAGCUGCGAUGGUGCUUCCAACAUGACCGGCCUCUCUGCUUCUUCGUUGAACUCCAUCGGCGACACCUUCAAGCUGACCGGCCUUACCACUCUCACUACCCUCAGCUUCGGCUCUCUCACCAAGGUUGGCUCGAUCGAAUUUACUGCUCUGCCUCAGCUCCAGAGCCUGGAUUUCACCAAGGGUGUUACAGAAGCUGGCCAUGUCGUCAUUACCAACACUGGUUUGAGCAGCCUUAACGGUAUCUCUCUCGAGACCGUCGGUGGCUUCGAUAUCACCGAGAACACCAACCUGAAGACCGUCAACGUUAACAACCUGAAGAACGCUACUGCCCUCAUCAACUUCGCUGGUAACAUGGACGGUCUUGAGAUCGAAUUCCCCAACCUUGGUACUGGCCAGAACAUGACCUUCCGUAACGUCAGCUCGGUUUCCGUUCCCUCCUUGGAGAAGCUCAAGGGCCAGCUCGGCUUCUGGGGUAACAAGUUCCAGUCGUUCAGCGCUCCUAACCUUACCGAGACCAGCGACUUGAUCUUCAACGACAACAGCAAGCUCAGCAACAUCAGCAUGCCUGUGCUCAAGACUGUCAACGGUGGCUUCCAGAUUGCCCGCAGUGACAAGCUUAACACUAUCGACUUCCCCAAGCUGGAGACCGUCACCGGUGCUAUUGAUUUCAGCGGUGAAUUCAACGAGGCCCACCUUGACUCCCUUAAGCUGGUUAGGGGUGACUUUAACAUGCAGAGCACUGGUAACAUCAGCUGCACCGCCUUCGACAAGAUGGCCAAGAACCGCGAGGUCAUCAAGGGCACGGAAACCUGCAAGACCACCUCGAACCCUGAGACCCGUGAUGGCAAGUCUGGCUCUACCACUUCCACUGGCAAGGCUUCUGCCACCUCUACUGGUGCUGCUUCUGCUCUCGAUGUCUCCUCCAUGCCUGCUAUGGGCUUGGCUGCUGUCUUCGGUGCCCUGGUCCAGUACGCUCUGUAAAGGACGUUUCGAUACCAAAUUGUCGUGCACUUUGUUAUUUUUUUUAUCGGACUCCACUUACUACCGUGUAGAGUUGCUUAAUCAGCAAUGGGUAUAUUGAUUCCUGUGCUUUGUUUUUAUGACUAUAAUUGAACUUGUUUGAGCAAAUUCGCAGUCUGGGUUUGUUGUUCUCAGCAGGGAUUUGAAUCCCAGCUGACGCUCUACUUUUUUUUUUUUUGUCUCACUUUGUAUGAAAUUGCAAUU